AUGGUCGGGUGCUUCGGAAGAACAAAAAAGGAGACCAAAACGCACACGUCUUGCCUGACUGCCGGAUUUUGGCAGCUGAUUCGACUAAGCCGGUGGCUUGCGGCCGACCUUGUUUAUUUGGUCCAUCGCGGAGGUAUUGUCACGAGGAGGCGUUUAGACCCUCGCUGGCCUCACAAUACCAUCGAGAGGGAAAAAACCGGAGACGCGCCAACUCGUGCGAUGUUGUGAGCGCCGCCAGAGAGUGGCUAUUUUUGACAGGCCGUCCGUGUGCAGGAAUUACGAGAUCGUCCGUCUUACUGAGUCACCGGCCAAAUACAGAACCUUUGAGCUUUGA